UUGCUGUGCUAAUGAGGUAUGGCAACCUGGACCGAUGCACAUAUGUGCCUGGUCCUACGUUGUAGCUGACUGACUGACUGACUGACUGACCAACCUCUUCGUUAUUGUUUUUUUUCUACAUUCCUCACUUUUUUCCCCUCUUAGAUUCCCAUUGUUUCGUGUCGCGCAUAUAUAUUCAGCGCCUGUACCAAUAUAUAUGUGUUCAAAUAAAAUAAUAAUAACAGUCGUCAACGUGGUGUUCGCCUAAACGGGUCCGUAAGACCUCGGAAAGAUAGGGACACACGUCGUUGCCUUUUUGUCGUUGGAGAUGGAAAAGGCGGCAGCUAUAGGGAACACAAGACAGCUCUACAGACUAAUAAAAGAAACUGGAAUUAAUAAGUCAAGUGUAAGUGAGACUAUUUCGGAAAAAGACGAUACUCUCAUCUGCUCUCAGUCCAGACGUUUAGAACGAUGGGCGGAACACUUUAGGGAACAGUUCAACUGGCCUUCAGCUACUCUACAACUACCCUCCAUUCCCAGACAGUGUGAAUGGAACAUUGAAGUAGGUCCCCCAACUCUAACAGAAGUUCAAAAGGCUAUAGUUAAUCUGAAACGAGGAAGGGCAGCUGGUCCAGAUGGAUUGGCUCCAGAAGUCUUUAAGGAUGGUGGUCCAAUUUUAGCGAUUAGGUUGACUAAUAUUUUAGCUAAGAUCUGGGAGUUAGACGUUAUUCCAUCUGACUGGUCGCAAUCACUUAUCGUCCCAAUAUAUAAGAAAGGGUCAAAAUCAUCCUGUGACAACCACGGAGGGAUUAGUUUAACUAAUAUAAUAUCUAAAAUACUAGCCUCGAUAAUUAUCAGACGCCUAACUAAGACUCGUGAACUGCAAACACGAGAGAACCAAGCUGGCUUCAGACCUAGUCGUGGCUGCAUCGACCACAUAUUCACCAUUCGUCAGAUUCUAGAACACAGGCAUACUUAUCGACGUCCGACAAUGGUGGUCUUUCUUGACUUAAAAGCAGCAUUUGAAUCUGUAGACCGCGAGAUUCUGUGGCAGUGUCUGUCAUUGAAAGGCGUACCACAGAAGUACAUAAACCUUGUGAAGACUCUUUACUCGAACACUACUAGUCGAGUCAGAGCUUAUGGCGAACUGUCAUCUACUUUUGCAACCUCAAGUGGUGUCCGUCAAGGCUGUCCACUCUCUCCAUUUCUGUUUAACUUCAUCAUAGACCUAUUGAUGGAAAUAACACUCUCGUCGACUGAAUUCUCGGGUAUUGAUCUCCUUCCAGGAGGUCCACUUAUCGACUUAGAAUACGCAGAUGACAUAGUCCUGUUUGGUGAAGACGCUGACAAAAUGCAGAGUCUUCUGGUAGCACUAAGCAACAAUGCCAGAAUGUUUGGGAUGCGCUUCUCUCCCUCUAAAUGCAAGUUGUUGCUUCAGGACUGGUCUGGGUCAACACCUGAACUAAGGAUAGGGAGUGAAGUAGUUGAACGCGUUGACAACUUCACUUAUCUUGGAAGUCUGAUCAGCCCUAAUGGGUUGGUGUCUGACGAAAUCUCAGCACGGAUUCGAAAAGCUCGUUUGGCUUUUGCCAACUUACGUCACCUGUGGCGAAGGCGAGAUAUCCGUCUAUCAAUAAAAGGACGAGUAUACUGCGCGGCAGUUCGUUCUGUUUUAAUUUACGGCAGCGAAACAUGGCCCUUAAGAGUAGAAGACACCCGUAAGCUACUAGUAUUUGACCACAGAUGCCUUAGAAAUAUUGCUGGCAUCUGCUGGGAUCACCGGGUAAGUAAUAGUGAGGUUAGACGCAGGGUAUUAGGGAAUGAUGGUAAAUCAGUUCAUGAGGUUAUGAAUCUUCAUCGACUGAGAUGGUUGGGCCACGUAUUACGUAUGCCUGAACACCGAUUACCACGACGUGCAAUGCUAACCGGGGUAGGGGAUGGUUGGAAGAAAGUUAGGGGCGGCCAAACCAAAACGUGGCAUCAGUGCCUGAAGUCACUAACUUCUAGUCUGAGCCAUGUUAUGUUGGUAGAUGCAGACUACUUGGUUGGGGUCCGCGUGACUUUCGUAACCAAUGGUUGGAGACUCUUGGUGACAUGGCUCAGAAUCGAUCACAAUGGCGUCGGUGUAUACACUCCCUGUCUUCCCUUAAACUAAGAGACUAAAAUCACUUCAUUCUUUCUGUCUACGAACUAAUUCUUUCUUCCUAUACUAUAUCCUUAUUGCAACCUUUGACCUAACCACUCCUAUGAAUCCGCUGUUCAUCUUGCUGUGCUAAUGAGGUAUGGCAACCUGGACCGAUGCACAUAUGUGCCUGGUCCUACGUUGUAGCUGACUGACUGACUGACUGACUGACCAACCUCUUCGUUAUUGUUUUUUUUCUACAUUCCUCACUUUUUUCCCCUCUUAGAUUCCCAUUGUUUCGUGUCGCGCAUAUAUAUUCAGC